UUUUUGGAAAAUGCCCUGGAUCAGUCGCUUCCCAGUCUCCUCGGCUUUAUUUGGUCACACAAAUGGAACAACAACACACCUGCGGAUGACAUUGAGGUUGUCAAAAUGGCCAAGUAUGUUUUGAGUGUUUUCCGUGCGAACUGUGUGAAGCCGCUACCUUUGGUCGUUACAAACGAGCGUACGCCAUUUUGUGAAUAUGUCCUACCAAUCUUCAAGUACUUUAGUGCAGCGACUGGCCUACUUUCGUUCAUAAGGUGUGAAAAAGGAUCUCAAUCAUGCAAGCGA